CUCCCCCCGCCCGCCUCCUCGCCUCUCUGUUCUCCCUCCUCAAGGCUUUGUCCAGCCCCUUGUGAAGAUGGCGGGGCUGAGCAGCAGGACUAGCGUGGCAGAGGCACCGAGAAGCAGCGGCCGAGGGGUCGUGAUUUCAGAUGAUUGGCCAGGAUAUAGCUUGGAUCUGUUUACGUAUCCACAGCAUUACUGUGGAGACCUUGAUUAUGUGCUCAUUCCCCAUGGGAUCAUUGUUGACAGGAUAGAACGUUUGGCCAAAGAUAUCAUGCAAGACAUUGGAUACAAUGACAUCGUGGUUCUUUGUGUACUUAAAGGUGGCUACAAAUUCUGUGCUGAUCUUGUGGAGCAUAUUAAGAACCUCAGUAGAAAUUCAGAGAGGUUCAUCUCCAUGAAAGUUGACUUUGUUAGAGUGAAAAGUUAUCAGAAUGACCAAUCUAUGGAAGAUACUCGGAUCAUAGGAGGAGAUGACUUUUCAAAACUGGCUGGAAAGAAUGUGCUUAUUGUGGAGGAUAUCAUUGGAACUGGAAGAACCAUGAAAGCACUCCUUGACAGUAUUAAAAAAUAUAAACCCAGCAUGGUUAAAGUAGCAAGCUUGUUGGUGAAAAGAACAGCUCUACCAGAUGGAUUCAGACCUGACUAUUAUGGAUUUGAAAUUCCGGAUUUAUUUGUGGUGGGUUAUGCCUUAGACUACAAUGAAUACUUCAGAGACUUAAAUCACUUAUGUGUUAUCAAUAACCACGGCAAAGCAAAAUACAGAGUCUAAAGAAUAGCUAAUCAUCUUUGUCUGGAACAUUGGUAGUCCUCAUGAUCAUCUCCAUAAGAACAGACCAACUCAUCUCAUUCAGACUGGACUAUAUGGCAACAUCCCCGGGAAAUCACCUUGGACUUUGACGCAGUUGAACUCCUUUAUUUCCUUCAGACUUCCUCGGGUAACCAGGAUGAGUCAAAGGCAGACAUAAUCCAGUAUUCUAUGUCCAAAAGAAUAGAAAUUAGAGGUGAAAGGAAACUUGGUUUUUAAUUUUUUGCACCCAACUUUGCCCAACCUUAUCAUGCCAGAUUUGUUGGAGUUAAACUCCCAUUGUUUUUAACCAUCAAGCUUCCUUACCCUGUUUAACAAGUGCCUUUAAAAAUGUGUAUUAAACACAACUGCACAAUGAUCAGUGGGUUCUGUGGGACUGUUAUAACAAUUAUUACAUUUUAAUUGUGCAGUUUGUUAGCUCUUUUUUUUUUCAGGCAGUGUUGUAGUGCCUUUACUUAAGUUCUUUUUUAACAGAGUUUCUAAUGCAUAAUUGUUACCAUCUCCUUUUUAUAACUCAAUCAUUGUUGAGAUAUUUAUUCUCACCCAUUAUUUAAACUCAAAGGAUCAAAGGCCUCAAACUAAAUGAUUUUCUCUUAACUCAAUAGCUUCUUGUAGAACCCGAGAUAAAACAGGCUGGUCAAGAAUAGCUUUAGCCAAUGUUUGAGUUCAUGGAAACAAACAGAUAGCAUUGUGGUUUAAACAUUGGAUUUUGUACAUCAUUGCUUUGUUUUAGUAUUAUGGGUUCACACAUAGUAUUAUGUGUGAACCAUCUCACUAUAGCAUGUUCAGCAAAACAUAGUUUUAAACCAUACCAUGGCUUGCAGGCAGUGAGGAAGUGCCAUAAUUAAGCAAACAAUUAUCAUCUUAUUCAAAGUCCAGUAUUAUGUACACUAUAUUAUAACCCUCUAGAAUGUUUCAAAAUUAAUUUAGGAUUUGAAAUGAUAGAGUCCUUGUCUUAUAUUCUUACCCAGAGGAAUUCAGAAGAUGGCAAUUUGUCAUCUUUUAUUUGUUUCAGCAGCUUCUUGCUUUCCAAGGUUGUUGUUGGGAAUUGAAAUCCAGUAUCUGGAGGGUAGGGACAAUUGCCUAUGCUUCGUCUGAUCUUAGUGUCAUGCUGUCUUUGUUAAUUUCUUUGUCUUCUGCUUCUUACAUCUCCACAAAGUUUGUUCCAAUGCCACUUUCUUUGUUUAGCGCUACAACUCCUGUUCAGGGAUACAAGGACUAAUUUGGAAUAAUUGGAAUAAUAUAACCAAGUGUAUUAGCACAGUAGAUCAUGGAAAACAGAACUUGCAUACAAUAAAUGUUAAAAUUCAUUGCAUUGUUACUGCUUUUGUGAAAUAUAUCUGCAGUAGCUAAUUAUGUAUUGAGUCUUUCCAAAAUAAGUAUUGUCCAGAUGUAUUGGAACUGCAAAUCCCAGAAUUCAUCUCAGGAAUUCUAAGAACCAGACUCUGGCAAUUGAUGGGGGCUCCAGUAUGGGCAUCCCGUUCUGGAAGGGGCUGAUAGUCUAGGAGAAGAUCCUACCUCCACCCUAUUUAACACGUUGGUCCUUUUUAUCCAGUUUGUUCUUAAUUUGUAUGUUUUCACGUUUAAUGCUCAAUGUUUUAUGCUUUUGACCUUCUAAUUGUUUUAUAUUGCUAUUAUAAUACUGUAAGCUGCUCAAAAAUCACUUGAGAAUCAGAUGAGCAGCAUAUAAUUUGAAUAAAUAAAUAAUCAUGCUAACACACCUAGAGAUGUAAGAUUAGGGAAAGCCAAUGUAUCAAAUCCUCAGUUAUCCUAUAAUAAUCAUUGAAGUAAUCUUUGAAUUCUGGCCCAGAGUAUUUAAUUUAUAACCUUAAUUUAGAUUAUAGUUCAAAGCAUCCCAAUCAAUUUAUGGUGGAAGUAUUAGUCCAAUAAUAUUUGGAUUGAUAGGACAUGCCUGUUGUUCAGUUGUGAUUCUAUUACAAUUGUAAGCCUCUUGGUGCCUUCCUUUGAGCUACAAUUCCUUUGUAAAGCAAUUAGUUUACUGUAUUUAAAAAACUAUCUAGGCAUUAAAAGGUAUUGAACUCUUACAACACAAUUACUUGUUUUCCUUUCAUCUCAUCCUUGUGAAUGGGAUUUUUUUUCAUACAGUUCUUCUGCAUAUAAGGCUACAAGUGUAACUUUCUUAACAGUAGAUCUUAUUUAACACAGUGGAACUAAAAUGUCAUUUAACACGAUAGAGCUUGAUUAAAUAUGCUGGAAAAUUGUGUUUUCUGUAAAUCAAAAAAAGUUUUCCCAUUUUCUUUGGUUGAAAACUAGCCUUUUCCUCUUCUAUGUUUGGUAAGAAUGCUUAGGUUAGGGAGAGAAAUAUGACUAUAUUUGUUUGUAAGUCUCUACUACUAAAAACAAAUUUGUAGACUGAUGCUCAGAAUCGCCGGGUGCUGCCAUUUCCCAGUUCCUGAACUAUUAAUUUAUAUUUGACUCCAAGUGAUGGACUUCACGCUUCAGAUAAAAAAAUAGAUCCUGAAAAUUCAAACCCAUCAUUAUUUUUAUAUUGGUAAUUAUAAUUUCUCACUUAAUUUGUUUUAGCACAGAAAAGAUAGGUUCGGGGGUUAUAGGAUUAAAGCCGGCAUGUCCAAACAACAGGCUGUAUGUGCCCCUGGACAACUACUAAUGUGACCCCCAAAAUCAUAAAAUAUAAAAAAAAUAAAGGAAGUUUGUAAUUGACAUACAUUAACUAUAUUUUAUAUGAUGCUUGAGACAUUCACUCAGUGCAGCCCAGGCAAGUCAAAAGGUUGGACAUGCUUGGUUUUAAGUUUAUCUUCAUAGGUAGUAACAUCCAAAAUUAACAGGCUUCCAAUCUUUUAAUUGGAAUAACGCCAGAGCACUUCAGCUUUGCUUUCCAAAUGGACUGCUUAGCACAUAAUCUCUAACUGGGCAUGAUGGAAGUUGUAAACUAUACACAGAGACUUAACUGUGAGGAAGAAAAUGCCCAAAGACUACUAAGCCCAAAUAUUUCCAUAAUAACUAAUGAUAGCCAAAGGUAUUCUUAAAAAGCAUUUCACUUAUUAAAAAUUGGAUUUUCUUUCCUUGUGCUUGUUUUUCGUAAUCAGUUUACUGAUCGUUGGGUGUAAAUGCUGGAACAACUAGGAUUUUUACUGAUUAAAAUGUACUUUGUUCUGAAAAAAAGGGGAAUAAUUUUAAAAUGAAACUUAAUAAUGUGUAAAGUAUUUGAAGUACAGUUGCAUUAGUGGGCUUCCUGAUUUUUAUACAACCAUCUCCAGGGGAAUUUUGCAUUUUUACCUUUGCAGGUAAAAGAAGAAAGAUCAUGGGCUAUAUACAAAAGAUACAAAAGAUCAUGGGCUAUAUACAUGGGCUAUAUACAAAAGUUUCCUGGAGACAGCCAAUGGUUUUAAAAAAAGAAAGAAUUACAAGCAAAAGAUGUUUUGUUCUGAAUAGCAUGGGAUCUAUUGUGGUUACAUUGGAAUUUCCACUAAACUAAUAAACAGGAUAUUUUACUAUAUUUCAAAUUUCUUAUGAUUUCUCUUUUUUCUUUUAGCCUAGAUUUGCAUACCAGCUUGAAGCUUUCACUUCAAGUAAAUAAAUGCUUUUUGGCAAAAACAACGUAAAUCUUUGCUCCCGGCUAGUUCAAAUUUUCCUGCAUCUAAGUAUUAACUUGUAUUUCUGCUUCCUAUAAAAAGAGAAUAAAGCAAAUAAUAAUAAUUA